AUGGUUCGUCCCGCAAACACCUCUAAAGAAAGCAGGAGAAAGAAGAAUCCUCCACAACCAGAAAAACCCUCCCCCGUAUCAAGUAUUUCCAGAAUAGGAUCCUUGAAGCGAUAUCCGGAUAAAGACUAUGCUAAUUCACUAUUACAUCAAGUGGCCAAGCUCGUGGCUCCCAUAAUUCAUGAGAACAACUUCAAGGUGGGAAACCUUUGCGAGAUGUUUCCGAAGAACCCGAACCUUCUUGGCUUGAAUGUGAACCGAGGGCAGAAGAUAUUGAUACGGCUCAGAUACCAUUCCAACGACCGACUGUUUUACCCCCUUGGUGAUAUCAUUGGCACAUUCCUACACGAGCUCACCCAUAACUUAUAUGGAGCACACGAUGAGAAGUUCUACAAGUUUUUGGACGGGUUGAAGACGCGGUUUGAGGAGAUUCAAAGUGGUCAGACAACAACAUCUGGAUAUAGAUGCGAAGAAGAGAAGUUGGGAAGUGGAUAUAACCCUUCUGGCGGAUAUGUCUCGGUGAAGGAGAAAAGAAUAAAGGAGUUGAGUAAGUUGAAGUACAAAGCAGAGGUUAGAAAGUUAGGCGGAGAUGGUAGAAUCAGCAAGACUACGGACCCCAGAAAACUUCGCGAGGCGAUGCUCCAGGCAGCUGAAAGAAGACUAAAGGAUAACAAAUGGUGCCAUAGUAAUAGCGAAGUUACUGAGGCAGAGCCAUCUCGGGAAGAGCUUGAUAUAGAAGAAGUUGAA